GUAUCUUGAUUCCUGUUAUUAUUUAUGGUUAAACUGUACAGACGCAAAGAUGUAUUCUUGAAGAAGACAGUUGCCUAAAGUAAAUUAAUAUGAUGAUAUCGAACAUCAACAAAUAACAAAUCGGUUAUUACAUUUAAAGUAGAUAUUUGUGAAUUCUGUACUUUUUCCUCGUAUAUAUGGAUACGGGCAACGGGCAAAAGCCCUCAAGUGAGUCUAUGCCUGUUAAAUUCGGGUAUGGGGAUUGUUGUUCACGUGAUUGCCAUCGCGCGAACACAUUCCUUUUGUGGUGUUUGUGCGUUUAUGGGCAACCACUUCCUAGUACCAGUGAAACAGGUGUGGAUAAGGGAAAUGAAUGGCAAAUGGAGCUGAUGAUGGAGAAAUUGCGGUCGAAGGCAUCAGGAUUUAAAUCUUUAAUCGAGACUGCAAAAAAUUUACGUAUGACUAUGUUGGACAAACGAUUUGCUAUUGACAGCGUUGAAAAAAAUCAACUGCAAAAAUGUUUAGACACUUUACAGCAUUCCAUAAAAGUUACAUCCUUGCAAUCUAUGGUAGAACGUUUGGAAAGUUUAACAAGACAAUUAGGGUUAAAAUUCAUGAUGUCAGGACCACCAGGUACGGAGCUUUUUAUAUCAUCGGAUAUGUUUUUCUUAGAAGUUCUUUUGGAAACAACAGGCGUUGUCAAAGAUGUUAAAAUUCAUCAUGAAGGAAAGAACGAGCAACAAAGUUGUGAAGUAUUGGCUUCUUGUUUAUCCCGUGGCGAUUUUGUGGAUUUUACUACACAACUGGAAGGCUUGGCUUCUAUAUAUCAAUUAAAUGCGGAUAAAAAAGUUAAAUGCAAAGCAUUUAGUGCUUUACAAUCUUUGGAAGCCGAUUUAGGCGUUUUGGCACAACUUCAAACAUUUAUGAAGGAACCUUUUAAUCUCGUUCACAAAAGUCCAGUCGGAAUUUUAGAAAGACGAAAAGGAGGACAUCCUAUGAAAUUAACAUAUUUUGUAUCACCCUAUGAUUUAAUAGAUCAAGAAAAUCGUAUUUGUGAUGUUUUAAAUUCCGAAACUGUUAUUAAAAGAAAAAUUGGCCAUUCUGUUACCGUUUGUAUGGAAGGUUCAACUGCUCACAAGCUGCCUACUACUAGUAUCAUAACUGUAAAUAGAAGUAAUACAGGAAAAAGCACUCCAUCGUAUGCUCCCUUGACUGGAACAAAUUCAUCAAUGUUACCUGCUUGUUUUGUAUUAAAACUUACUAAAAAAAUGCCAAUGUGUAUGGAAUUAGUAAGACGGAUACAAAAAGUAACAGAAUUAGAAUGUGCUGAUGUAUCCUCGCCUCAUUCCUUGUUAAGCUUAAUAGUACAACAUGCUAGUGAUGGAUCUUUGGAUGGUCGAAAUAAUAGAGGACUUUAUGUUACUUUGCCGGAUCAACAUCAUUGUUAUUUCAUGACGGAAAAUAAGAAUAUGGAAGGAGUUUUAAUAGGCAGUAUUCCUUUCACACAUCCAGCACAUGUUCCACAAAUUCUUGUGUAUCUACGCCAACAAGCUCUCUUCAAUUCUUUAAUUUCAAGUUGUGUAAGGCCUAUGGCACGUAUAGAUCCAGAACAUACGAUAAUAUUUGAGGUAAGCGCUUUAUCAUGGCAACAAAUAUCUAUAAGCCUGGAACAUCCAUUUGAAGAAACAAUGGCAACAGCAGAAUUAAAUCUAACGGACAUAUCUGCAUUGAAAUGCAAACUCUAUGGUGUAAGCAUGAUGAAUGCAGAACAAAUUUCAGAUUUAACUGGUAAAGUAUUACAAAAAUGUCUCAGUAUACCAUUGACAAUGAGAACACUUAUGAAGACUUGGGAAGGUCGAAGCGCACUACCAGUUAAUACUAUGAGCGGUGGAAAUGGAAAUUACAACACAAAUAUAGGGCCUGGAAAAGAUCAGAAUGGUCAGGCUGGUUCUAAUAUGCCUGACUUCACUAACGCAGACACAAAAAUCAGGCAAGAAUCUGACUUAAAUAAUGGAAAUGGAACUAUUGGACGACAGCAAACUUUACAACAACCACAACAGCAGUCUUUUUUAGAUGCCGGAACGGAGAAUAGUAUCGGGUUUCCGUCAUAUUCCGGCCAAUCCGAUACAGCAACUGCUGCUAUGCUAAAUCCUCUACAACUGAGUGCAUUACUGGGCCAAGCGAAAAAUUCAUUAACAAAUACAUCCUCUUCGGGUGAAAAGACCAAAAAGACACGCAAAAGGAAAAUAGCAGAAGGAUUUUGGCGCAGUCCUAAAAGAAAAGGUGAAGAUAAUACUAAUGAAAUAUUAUUAGAAAGUUCAAGCUCUGAUUCUACGCCGCUUGGUACUCCAACCAGUGGAAGGGAUAACACAAACGAAACUAGAACGUCUACUCCAACUUCAGCUACUAGUUUAACCAGUGGUAUUGAUUUUACUAAUCUCGAUCAGGGCGAUGUUUUAAGUACUGACAAAAGUUCUGAUUACGAUUUGGAUAAUGAAAGUGAAAUAGUCGAGGUACACGAAGUACAGGGCGUGGAUGAUCUUAUUAAAAGAGAUCGUAAGUCUAAAAAAAGAGAAGAGAAAAAGAGUCCUAAUAUAUUUGAAGAGAAUAAAAAUCUCGUGCCCCCGUCAGUAAGUAUAACACCAAUUUCAAAUAGUACAGUUGGUCAAACAACAAAUUAUAAUUCUGUACUUACGGGCAUGGGCUUAGAAAGGAGACCUGGAAUCGAGAUUAUACCUAUAACAUCAUCGCCGCAAGCCAGUUUACCAAGUUCUAUAACAAUAACUCCAAUAGCAGGACCUACAACAGCUAAGUCUAUGACGGAAGAACGUAGAGAAAGAAAAAGUUCUAAAAGUAAAUCAACAGAAGAUAAAGGAAAAUUAGAGAAAAGACGUAAACGUAAAAGGGAAGAUAAUCCUAUGGGACCACCAGAUAAAUUACCAUGCAAGCAAGAUCCUUUAUCCAAACCUGUUUCCGUAAGCAUCAAACCCACCGAAUCCCCUCCAAGUGUAGGCUCACGACCACCAUCUCCUUCAGCUACAAUAAGAAAAUUCAGUCCGUCCCCGACACACAGUAGUCCGCUUGUUCUUGUUGGUAAAUCAAGUCCCACGUUAAAGCAAUCAACGAGUAAACCCGUACAAAGUCCAAAACAUUCACCUGUUUAUAGCAGUAGUCCUAAACACAUGUCAGUACCUGCCAGCGUUAGUCCAAAGCAUGGAACGUCUUCACCGAAACAUGGUAGCUCAACGAGUACAGGAAAACCAAGUAUGUCUGCCCUGAAGUCAGCGACAAAUUCUCCUUCCAGCAAAACUAGUGAUUCUAUAUCAUCAAAAAUCAAGUCUUCCUCGUCAUCGUCCAGCAAGGAUUCUAGUCGUGAUAAGGAAAGGAAAACGUCAUUAACAUUUGGGAGUACAAGUGGUCAUCAAAGUCCAAAGACUAAAUCUUCUACUACUAAAGUCAAACAAUUGGAUAUAAUACCUGGUACUGAGAUUCAAUCAACUGCAUCUAACAGUGGUGGUAACACACCGCCUUCUAGUAGCUCUGAUAUUUCCAAGUCGACCAUUGCACAACAACAGGCAAGAAAUAGGAAGGGUUCUCUUAGUGCAGUUAUAGAUAAAUUAAAAAAUGCUCAACAUUGUACGGAUGAAGGUGGAAAUGGCGGACAGAAGACGAGCAGUGGAGGAAGUAGCUGUAGUACAAGUAGUCAAAAGGAAAGAAGUGUUAGUAGUUCAUCGACUAAAAACGUUGAGGGAAAAUGCGUUAUCAAGAAUUCAUCAAUCGACGCGAAAAAUCCUGCAGAAUAUAUGGUGAAACAUAGUUCAGAUGGCAUGAAGAUAACAAUCAAUAAAACACGUACAAAGGAUUCAAAGUCGGGGACGAGUAUAAAACUUUCAUCGACCGCUGUUACGUCAGUUACUGGAGUACCUUCUACAACAGUAUCGUCUGGUUCAGUAGUAGGAAAUGGAUCAUCCAAAGCUCAUACGGGUUUAAAACCUGGCGUAAAUUCUGGACCUGCAUCAAAGAAGCCACAAUCUCAUACAUCACCCAAAUUACCUGGUUCAUCUAGUUGUAGUAGCACUAGUGGAAAUAGAACUGGCUUGUUAGGUCAAAAAGUCAAUUUGUCAGCAUUGAAAUCAAUGUCUGGAGGAAAUAGUAGCAGUGGUAACGGGGGGGGAGUUGUUGGCGGUGUUAGUAGUAGUAGCAGCGGAUUAUUGGGUAAAGGGACCUCAACUUCAAAAUCUUUAGGAUCACCUAAAACAACAAGUUCGAGUGCGACCGAUCUAAGUCGUAAUCGCGACAAAUUGAGGAUGCCAAAGUCGACAGAGAAAAAUAUAUUUGGAUCUAAAAGUAUGACAGAUUCGAGGAAGUCCAGUCCUUCCGGUAUUCGCGAGGAAAAUGAAAGCGAAAGAGCUUUCAAGUUACUCGCUGCACAUGCUUCUAUUACUUCCAGUCUACCAAGUUUAUCACCACAGCUUGUCGUCGAUGGUCUAAUGAAGCAACUCGACACCAAGUUUCAAAUACCAAAGUUAUCUGCGCGAGUUAACGUUGAUAACAGCGAGAAGAAAUUAUCAGAAUCUGGAAAGGCGUUGGAUAAUCUCGCCGCUAAACAAAUGGCAGAUCAAGUUAAGCUUCAAACUAUUUCCAAUCCCGUAUCGUCGAUUGCGAAAAGUAAUACGGACGAUCAGACGCAGGGUACACAAAACCGACGUGAUCACGUACAGACGAAGCCCGACAAUCUUACAAUGCCGACAUCAACGACAGUGCCGAUUAACGUUGGAUCCGAUAGUACAAGUGGUCUUCUGCUGCAACCUCCAGCUGCGGUCAGUUCCCAUGAUUCUAAUGUUCCGACCAACCUUUCGAUGCAAUCCGUUGACGAUUCUCGAGACACUUGUCAGGAAACAUCGGUAGGUAGACCUGCCGCGCAAUUUUUAAGUAACACGUUGAGCGGUUCUGGCAGUAGUAAGGAUGAUAUUAAUAACAGCAAUGCCGUCAUGGCCCUUCUUCCUAAAGGUUCGGAAUCCCUGUGUAUAUCAAAAUCGAUGUAUCCGCCAUUGGCAGGCGGGUCUUCCAAUACUACUGGAAACGGUUCAAAUGCUGCAAGUUGCACUAACAGCAACACCGAGAGCCUGAAUCUGAGUACGAAACCGGCCGAGACUGUGCUAGGUAAAUAUAACAAAUCUGUCGAGGAUAAGAAACAGCAGCAGCAGCAACAACAACCAUCAUCACAGCAGCAACAGCAACAACAACAGCAGAUACAGCAACAACAACAGCAGCAGCAACAACAACAACAACAACAGCAGCAACAAUUAUCACCGUCGGUCGUUUCAACAAGUUCAACAACGAUCGGCAGUAUGGUCAAUAGCGAUGUAGGAUCAACUAUGGUUCCAGUAAGGAACACAACAGAAUUGGUUACCUCCAAUUCGCAAGAGGCUGCAGAAAUGUUAUUAGAUUUUUCCAGCCCAAAUGAUACAAGCAAGAAUUUAAGCCUUACGUCUAUAUCAGAAAGAGCUAUGACUCAAGCGGCUCCGAUAAGAAGGGAUACACCACCGCCACCUCCACCAACAUUUCCACCAAGUCCGUCUUUGAGCAUACACAUUGUCAAAAGUCCUGCACCAUCGCCUAGAAUUAUACCGCCGUCCCCACACUCCGCUUCACCUUGCAUUACAGACGAUGAGCUUAUGGAUGAAGCUCUCGUUGGUAUGGGCAAAUGAAGACUACUUAAAAUCUAGAUACUUAAAUUAUCUUUUACAACUUUACAUGGAAUCGUCUCCUCUCAAAUCUGCUAAUCACGUGACAAAAAUUUUCAACUUUUGUUAGAUUUAAAAGUCCAGAAGAAGUAAAAGAGAGAGAGAAAGAGAAAAUAAGUUACACAAAUUGGGGUUGUGUUAAGUGCAAAAAAACAAUAAACUUAUAAAGGUAUUAGUGGAAUCUAGUAGAAU